AUGGUUUCCAACAGCUUGAUUACGCUUUAUACUGGCCUUGUGCUAUCGACUAGCAUCCAGUAUGGUGCAGCUGAUACAGCCCCGAGCUGGCAAAAAUAUGUCAGAUCGCCUGCUUCUCAGAUAGUGAAGCCAGUCGGAAUUGUAUCAAAUAGCACAAUUGGCAAUGUUUCAAACCCCAAUGGCGUGAUUGGCGGCCAAGAGCCGACAGUACUGAGUCGCAACACUGAAAGCGACCAAUUGCCGACAAUAGUGGUGGAUUUUGGACAGAAUGUAGUUGGGAUUUUAAGGCUACAAUUCAGCGGAUCACAGAGCUUGUCCACAGGACUGCCGGGUUUGAGAUUGGCCUUUUCUGAGACGACAGAGUAUCUUACCGAUCGGAGCGAUUUUACACGAUCCGAUAAUGCCAGCGGAGGUGAAAAAUUGACAAAUGGAACAGAUCAGGUGGCUGUCAAGGACGGUAGUUACACUUGGAGUGAUCUUCAUGGAUGUGAUAACGGCUCUCAAGUCUGUUCAGAUGGGCUCCACGGCUUCCGUUACGUGAAAAUCUGGCUGGAAGCUUUAGCGUCGGAUGCGCCAUACACAUCUUCCCUGGGUUCUGUUUCCAUCUCGGGCGUGAGCCUUGAAUGGUCUGCGUAUCUUGGGACACCGGACACUUUCACCGGAUCGUUUGAAUGUUCAGACGAAGACCUCACACAAUGGUGGUACGAUGGAGUAUAUACCGUGGAUAUGGGAACAGAUGUGUUUCUUGCCAACGAGACAGAGCCUAGAAGUGCUUCUAGUCCGACCUUGGAGGGCAAGCAAGUACUUUUCGACGGCGCCAAGCGUGAUAGAGACCCAUAUGUUGGAGAUCUGGCAGUGUCAUCGCUUACUUCGUACUUGUCUCAUGACUUUGCCGAAUCGUCGAGGAAUGUGUUGGAAGAUUUGGCACAGCAUCAGCGCUCUGAUGGCUGGAUUCCUCCUGCAAGCAUUGUCGACCUUGUCAUGUACACAGGCAAUGCCUCUUAUGCGAAUGCUUAUUGGGGUACACUAACUAAGGCUCUUGACGGAUAUUACCUUUCGAAUAUAGAUGGAGUGACAGGGCUUCUGGAUAAAAACGACACUGGCUAUGGCGAUUAUGCGUUUCUGCCUCGUUCAGGGCCCGUAACGUACUACAACGCCUUGUACGUCCAUGCACUAUCGUAUGCCUCGCAGCUGGCUACGAGCCUUGGCCGUAAUGACGACGCAGGAAGAUGGUCUUCUAGAGCUGCAUCUGUUGGAAAAGCACUUAUAAGUCACAAUUUUGACCAGAGCGUUGGCGCAUUUUAUGAUGGCGGCCCUUGCCCCGGAGCGGCAGCAGGCACAUACUGCAAUGUUCAUGCGCAAGACGGCAACUCUAUUGCGAUUCUUGCAGGAGUGACAAAUGACACAACUUCGGCUCAGAUAUUGAACUACUGGCAAAAUGCAACUUCUCAGGAAUAUGGAAACGCAUUCUACGACAGCAGCAUAUUGAGUCCCGGCGACCAAUUCAAUAAUCGAGUCUACGCUUUCAUCUCCUAUUUUGAGAUUGCGGCCCGAUUUGCUACUCCUGGGCAAGCUUCGUCUGCCUUUGACGAACUCCGAAGACUGUAUGGAUGGAUGGCUAGCCAUGAUCCUCAGAUCACCAUGUGGGAGGGCAUCGGACCAGGCGGGGCUCCUUAUGAGGGUGCAUUUACAUCCAUGGCGCAUGGCUGGUCAACGGGAAUAGUCCCGCUUCUGACCGGAUAUGUCCUUGGAGUGAAACCCCAGUCACCUGGGUUUCAGACGUGGAAAAUUUGCCCCGUGGUAGAUGGCGGAGGGCUCACAUGGGCUAAAGGAGAAGUGCCAACGCCACAAGGAAAGAUAACAGUCUCAUGGGAGACUGAGGAUGCGCAGACGGGAGUGGUGUUUACUCUUGAUAUUGAAACACCAGAUAACUCAUCUGGCGUGGUGUGCGUUCCCAUUAUGGGACUGAAUAAUCCAACGAUAAGCAUGGAUGGAGCACCUAUAAAUGUGUCUUCUAACCCAACAACUGGCUGGGCGAGCGUUGAUGCUACUGGAGGAAAGCAUGUCUUUACAGUUGAAGCAUAA